UCACGCGCAGGCCGGUUCACGCGCUUCCCCGGGGGGACCGGAAGCGGAAGCGGUGCAAAGAGCUGGGGGAACCCGGAGGCUGAGAGGGAGCGAGGUGAUAACGUGUGAGAUUGCUGAACUGAAUCCUCCUUCAUGAUCUGAACCCAAAGAUCGCUGCUGUGCCUGCGCUGCGGAGACUUCCCAGCAAGGAAGUGGGGAGGGGAUCAAGGAUGAACUUCCAUCCUCAUAUAAUGUCAGGAGCCAUGGAGGAGUCCCAUUUCAACUCCUCCUACUUCUGGCCAGCGGUCCCCACAGUUUCCGGACAACAGAUAGACAACUCCAUGUUUCUGAACAAAGUGAAGGAGCAGCUGAUUCAGGAGAAGGGAUGCAGCCUGAGCACACACUACCCCACGCUUCUGACCGUGCCGACGUCCGUGUCUUUGCCCGCUGGGAUCAGUGUGGAUGGAGAGAACAAGGUGGAGAUCCAUGGAAUCCCGCACAGCCAAGCUUCUGUCACACAGAACAUCACGGUCCUCCCGGUCCCCACCACGGGGAUCAUGACAGCAGCCGGCCUGGUGAUCACUUCUCCUUCUGGAUCUCUGGUAACCACCCCGUCCUCAUCGGGCCAGGCGUUCCCCAUCUCUGCCCCGUCUACCAUGAUCGUAUCCACUCUGCCCGGCACACAGACCCUACAAGUCGUGUCUGAGCUCACCAAGGCCAAGCUUGCAGAAAUGGGAGAAGGGGGCCACCAAAAGACGGGACGUGGCCGUAAGAAGAAGCGGAUCCCGGAACCCACACUACCGGAGCUACAUGACCCCUAUGACCUGUCUAAUGAAGAUGACGACGAUCACCCUAAAGAUGGGAAGAUGUACAGAUGCCGCAUGUGCUCAAUCACCUUCUUUUCCAAGUCGGAGAUGCAGAUUCACUCAAAGUCGCAUACAGAGGCCAAGCCCCACAAGUGCCCGCAUUGCUCGAAAACCUUCGCCAACAGCUCCUACUUGGCCCAGCACGUGCGCAUCCACUCGGGGGCCAAACCUUACACCUGCAGCUAUUGUCAGAAAGCCUUCCGCCAGCUCUCCCACCUCCAGCAGCACACACGGAUCCAUACGAAGGUGCAUAAUGUGGUGACCAAGCCCCACAAGUGCCCGUACUGCUCCAAAUCCUUCGCCAACCGCUCCUACCUGACUCAGCACGUGCGCAUCCACUCAGGUGUCAAGCCGUACAACUGCCGCUUCUGUCUGAAGGCCUUCCGCCAGCUCUCUCACCUCCAGCAACACACACGGAUCCACAUGAAGGUGCAUAGUGUGGUGUCCAAGCCCCACAAGUGCCCGCACUGCUCCAAAACCUUCGCCAACAGCUCCUACCUGGCCCAGCACUUGCGCAUCCACUCGGGGGCCAAGCCGUACAACUGCCGCUACUGUCAGAAGGCCUUCCGCCAGCUCUCUCACCUCCAGCAACACACACGGAUUCAUACCGGGGACAGACCUUACAAAUGUGUCCAGCCUGGAUGUGAGAAGGCGUUCACCCAGCUGUCCAAUCUGCAGUCCCACAGAAGGCAGCACAACAAAGAUAAACCUUUCAAGUGCCACAACUGUCACCGGGCGUACACCGACGCCACUUCGCUGGAGGUCCAUCUGUCAACGCACACCGUCAAACACGCAAAAGUCUAUACCUGUUCCAUCUGCAGCCGAGCGUACACUUCGGAGACCUAUCUGAUGAAACACAUGAGGAAACACAAUGCCCCCGAAAGCCAGCAACCUACGCAGGUUCUGACCACACAAGCUCAUUUCACCCCCGUGUCCCAGGCCCCGUCAUCUGAUGGACCCCAGUGCUCCUUCGACAUGAACCCCUUCAAGACUGACCACCACAAAGACUUGUGUCUAACCGUCUCCACCAGUACCAUCCAAGUGGAACAUCUCGCCAGCUCCUAGUUACGCACAAGGGGGGGA